UGCUAACUUGUUUGUAGAGGGAAACUUUUCUCCAAGGUUCGCGCUCCUCCUCUUCACGCUCCUGACGUGCAGCCACUUCAGCGGCGUACUCUUUAAGCAUUAGCCGCUUUACGAAGUCAUCUCUCGGGCUUUUUUCACUUCUUUUCUUAAAACCACCGAGCAAAAGCCUUUCCUGCUAUUUUUCAGUGGAAAUUCAAAAUAAAUUCCAAGGAAUCAACAGCGUGGACCGAGGCGGGAUGGGGCGGUCCAGUUGAAGUUGCGAGCUAAAGACAGGCUGAGUCUCCUCCGGUGCUCCCACCACAGUAACGCCAGUCCCCGCCUUGGAGGCCAUGGGCUGCGGCUUGCGAAAACUAGAAGACCCGGAGGAUAGCAGCCCCGGGAAAAUCUACUCCACCUUGAAGAGACCGCAGGUGGAGACCAAAACAGACACCGUGUACGAGUAUGUACUGCUAGACUUCAGCUUGGAAGGUAGCCGUCCGACAGUCCAGUAUGUGUCCUCGCUGUCUGAGUUGCCUCAGGCCCUACAGCCAUACUACACCCAAGGCUACCUCCUGGCUGCACUUCACCCCAUCAUCCUGUCUGUGGGUCGGACUCGCUCGCUUCCCUUCAGCCUGCUCUACCGCGCCAUCCUGGCCCGUCCUAGACCCAGUAAGCAGACAGCAUCCAUGUAUCACAGCGUGCCGGUGCUGAGGGUGGAGGAGUGGCCUUUACCUGGAGACUCGCUGACGGCUGACACUGUCAGAGCACUCAUCGAUAGGGUGAACAGCAGUGCACGGGGAGGGGUUCGAUUCAUUGGCUCCGUCCUCCAGCAGGUGAGUGGGAUCACCAAUGGCCGGGUGCACAGUCCAAAGAGGGCCUGUCGCUCGCCUCCACGUACACCUCCUGAAACACUGCCUGGAGACAGAGAGCUGGAUGACAACACCUACAGUCCCGAUUUGAGGUUGCUGGUCUUCUUCCACUCAUGGGCUCCUGGCUGUGCUCCUCUGGACUCUCUGGGCUGUCAGUACCACCAGGGGGCACUCUCCAUGCGUGUUUCCAGGAAAGGCCACGUGGUCAGUGCUCUGGAGGCUGAUUGGUUGGAGCUGACUGCCGCCUACUAUCGCAAAGGCUGGUCUCUGGUAGACUCCUUUGUUUACUGGGACACACCCAAAGGCGAGCCGGUGCCUCGAUCGCUGGAGGGAUUGUUCGUGUACGAGGAGAGAAGCACGUCUCCUCCUGCCAAUGACACAAUUGUUGUCGAGCAGUGGACCGUCAUCGAGGACUCCAAUGUGAAAACAGAUUACGGGCCACUCCUCCACACUCUGGCUGAGUUUGGCUGGCUGCUCACGUGCGUGCUGCCCACACCCAUCAUCCGGCACGACAGUGACGGGAAUCUGGCCACAAAGCAUGUUGUAUUCCUCCAGAGGCCGGUCAGAGGUGAGACAGCCGGACAGCCGAGGAACCAGUCUGUGUCCAGUCACUCUGUGAGUCGGGCAGCCAGCAGCCCCGACCCUCCAGACACCCUUGCUCUGCCUGCGGGAGGCAUCGGGGGAUUCCCAGUGUUCGGAGGAGGGUACCCCAGCUCCCUAUCCCACAUGGAGGAAGGUGGCUUUGAGCAGGACGAGGGGAAAGCUGAGGUCACCUGUAUGUAAGCAGGUGGAAGUACCCAAGCAAAGAGAUAUGAACUGUGGAAGGUUCAGACUAUUCACCAUCUGACAGAGACUUUAAUGUAGAGGAGCUCUGCACUUUGAAAAUGUUGUUAACGAAGCCAUAACGAGAAAACGGUUGGACUUAGAUGUGCAGAGUGAUGCACGCCUAAUAACAGGUGCUCCCAGUAUUAUAAAGCACAGGAAAUAUGUUAAUGUUAUUGUGAGAACUUGAAGGAGCGGGGCUCUGCUUUCUGCUUACAGUCUGGAGUUAUGCUCCUUCACAGCUCAGAAACAUACUGAAGCAGGAAGAAAUCUAGUUUAGUUUAAAGUAAUUUAGAAAGAGUAUAAAAAGUGAUGUGGAACUAUAACUAAACAUAAUAGGAAAAAGUCACAGGCAGUUUGGGUUAAAAGGGCCUACUUGUUCUUACUUCAGCCCUCUAAAAUCCAUGUUUCCUGAGAAAGUUCAUGAAUGUCAGCUUUAGAUUUAUAUAUCAGUGAGACAACAUCCUUCAGUCAAGUAAUCAGUUGUCAGUAAUAAAUGUAUUCCAGAAACUGUGAAAGGAAAAAGAAAGUAGCACAUUCCAGACUUUGACAUAUGACCGGUGACCUCAGCUUGAAGUGAGUGGAUGUAGCUGCUCGGUGCGGCUGCCAUCGUCCUGUGUGAUCACUGUGUGGUGUCAGUGGCUCUAUUAGGUUUAAUAUCGUACACGAUGGAGCUCGAUCAGUAAAAAUUUGACUUGUUCUUUCAUAACUGGUUUAAAGCCCCAGCUGUGUGCGCUUUCUGCUGGCGUGUGUGUAUAACUGACUUUCAGUCAGAAAAGCAGCAGAAGUUCAGCGUCUGGACUCGGAGUUCUUUUCUCUCUUUGCUAAUGUGCUGCUCAUAAAAAUCGACGAGGAAGACUCCUGGAGCCUCGAGGAAGAUGCCGGGGUGGUGGAGGUGUUGCGCUAAAACGUGGCGAUGCAGGGCAGCAGCUCUGACGUGUGAAAGGAGGAGAUGGGAGCAUUUGGAGUUUAAAGGUGAACUGGAAGUGUCUGUCAGGUGUGUGACGUGAGGAGAGUGAGGGAUGUUGGUGUGCGUGACACAGGGCAACUGGAGCACCACUUCAGUGUGUAGCUCUUACGCUGUGAUGAAGGCUCUGUGCUGAAAACAUACCAGGUAUAAAUGGUGGGCGUGGCUUCUUUGUCUGAAAAGUGAAGCAGACACACAAGUGCCUUAAACCCGCACUCUUUCUAAUGGCCACCAGGGGGUGAUACCAAAGGUUGCAGGUCCUAUACAAGUCUAUGAGGAAACAGCCCCCUGCUUGGACCUCUAUAAACACCAGUUCAGUGACGUAUUUUGGAUCAUACUGAUGAAAACGCUCCGCUUUGUAAAGUUUGGUCACUCCAAGUGUCAGAGAGGACGACUCAUACAGUCGGUGAGCACAUGGUCUGAGUCAGAGCUACACCCACAGCUCAUUACAUCAAAGUUCUGAUGAUGAGAUCAUCACACAGUUUACAUGUUUUGGAAUACAUUUAUCUGAUAUUUAGCUCUCCACUGAAGUUUUGUUUCUAUUGUCACAUAUGAUGUUUCACAAUUGUUUUGUAGUUUCACCAGAUAACCACACAAAAAGAGAAAAGUCACUGAACUACUUGAGCCACCGUACGGAUAUGUAGUUAACCUAUAUACCUCCCCAGUACAUGAUGAAAGCGAGGUGCCUGAAACAGUAUAUUUGUAUAGAAAAGCCUAUUUCUCUGAGAUGUUACAGCUUUUUCAGCUAUUACUCUGGAAGUCGAUCAUACAGCUCAUCGUGUUUAAAAGUAUUAUUUUUCCUCCUUCAUUUUAAAGGUACUGCUAAUAUUCCUGCUGCUUUCCAGACAUUCAGUGUUACACACAUCCUAAAUGGAUGGAGGGCUCUUUUUCUGCUGUUGUGCAUGUGUGUGUAUAAGUAUAUUAGAUAAGUGUAUUUGUCUCAUUUAUAUAAAACAUUUCUAAAGCUGCGCUUUGAAAUAGAAGCGAUCGAUGUCGUUUGCAGUCUGUGAUGCACAAAUACAAGAAAUGUGAGUUAAAUGCCACAAACAUGAAUUUCUAACAGGUGCCAUGUUGUGUGAAUAGUAUCAAAAUGUUUUUAAAAAAAAGACCCUGGAAACUAAUUUUUCGAAGGGAGAUUUGAGAUUUCAGGAUGAGGGAGAGCUUCCAUGCCAAUUCCUGAUUAAACUAUUGUUUGUUCUGGGAUUUUAUAAAGGGAAGUUACUUUAUAAUAGGACACAAAUGGGACAAAAAUAUGGAGUGACCUUAUGAAUCAGGAAUGACUUUUAAGCGGACCUGUUCUUCUCAUUUUCAGAUUUGAUCUCGGAACGGUUACAACAGUCACAUUGCACUAUUCCCAGUGAACCGUUCUUAUUAGCGCUGAUCUUCAGUUCAUCCCGUCUGAAGCCACUUUUAGCUUCCUUUAAGCCAACUUUAUUACGAUUGGCUGCCCUUCGUUAAGCGUUUACAGGUGGGUGGGGCUUCUGCGCUUGCAGCCUGAGGGGGCUUUAUUAGAGCAAACAGUAGAAAUGGCCAACGUGUACAUACCCUGAACUCAUUAUGUUAAUGUUUGCUUUGUUUAAUGAGCUCGAUGAUCAGAACAGUGCGUCAGGAAAUGAGGAAAGCAGAGCAGGUCUCCUUAAAGAUCAACUUUCAGGUUAAUCUGAGGACUUUUAUAAAUAAGGUGCUGUUUUAGUUUGAAUGGAAAUGUAUUAAAUGGGUGUUCACUGUCAGUAUUAAUAUUCUAGCUUUUCCCUUUUCUGAGAGUUGUACAUUUCUCUUCCUUUAUCGUGGCUGUUAUUUUUUAUUAAACAGUAUUUCCCA